AUGAGCUUCAAUCUCUGGAAUUUCACAAUUGAUGAUUCCAGUUCCUACAUCACGUAUACUCCUCACGGUGACGGCGGCCUUGGCAACUGGACACAGACAGGCUGGCAGCCAUGGUACUUGGGAUCGGGUGGUUUGAGUUCUACGGUAAGAUAUGUCAUACUCGUUGGAUAUCCAGGAAAUGCAGUCUCCCUCUACGGAACUACUAACGGCUCCUUCGACGUGACUCUGGACGAUGAUUAUACCACCGAUGUGACCGCAGAGAGCGACAUACUCCUCUUCUCCCGAGGCGGUCUCACGACGGACAUACACCAUGUGAACUUGACUGCACGGCCACAGGCCGGCAGCGGCCAGCAAAUGUCCUUCGAUAAUGCAGUCAUCACGAUCCCGUACACCGGAGGGGCGGGAACGCCAGUCCCGCUAGUCUACGCAAACACCAACACCUCAGCUUUCCAAUACACCGGGCUCUGGAUCCAAACCGAGGCAGUGAACGUCCCCUCAUCCACCUCCACCGCACCGUACCACCAGACCAGCAGCUAUGGUGCCUCCGCGUCCAUACACUUCGAAGGUGAGGCGGUCGCCGUCUACGGGUCCCGUGAAUGGGGAAGCUGGCUGUACAACAUUAGCUUAGAUGGCGUCAACUCGCAGUACAACGGCAGCACGAUGUGGGAAAUCGACAACGCGCUGCUGUUCUUCCAGGCGGGGCUGAACCCGAACGAGACGCAUACACUCGAUAUUACAGCAGAGGGCGAGCGCUUCAUGUUGAAUUAUGUUACCGCGUUCGUCCCGAACAAUACGAAUACGAAUCAAUCUGUAACCCCUACCGACUCUGUCACACAUAUCCCGAGUGCCUCCGUCACGCCAAGCGCGGUCGGGAAAAGCAGCUCUUCUAGUAAGGUUAACACCGCAGUGAUCGUCGGACCCGUCGUCGGCGGUGUUGCCGGCCUCUUGAUCAUAGGCGCCCUAUUGUGGUGGUUCCUUCGCCGCCGUGACCGUCACACCACCGACGAGCUGUUCACCGCGCCUUACCUGGAAACUUCCAAUGCCACCUCUAGCGUCCAGGCCUCGUCUGCAUAUAGCUCGAAGGCUGCCUUGUACGGCCCGCCGCCCGGUUCAGAAGCGACACCCGCGAGCUUCGUCGCCUUCCGCGCUGCGUCUUCCCCGCGAACAACGGCCACGCACACCGGUUCACACAGCAUGUCGGGCUCGUCGUAUAUUGACCCGUUGACGCCCUCGGCCGCGGACGUGUCGCAGUCGCACACGCCGAGCACGCCGACGACCAUUGCAGCACCACCCGCGUCCGUCGAACCCGCGCAGCAGCAGGUGAAUGUGGACCGCAUCAUUGAGCUUAUCGCCCAGCGGAUCGACGGUUUCUCGCCUGGGCGGGCGCGCGACAUGGAUCCCCCGCCCCAAUACCCAGUUGACUAG